AAUGGCUGCGACCUUGCUGAAUGCAUGUUGACAACUGUGUUAUCUUUAGAAGAUGAUGUGAAAAUUUAUUUACUAUUGUACUUUAAAAAAAUUAUAAUUAGCCAUGUUAUCCAUGCUUAGAAACGUGUUUUUCGAGCUAACGAUCAGAAAUCCCGAAUGCCCAGCUGUCCUGCAGAAUCACAUGAGGGUGCUCUCAGCUGGGUUAAAGACAUACGAAAUGCCACCGGAUUAUAGUGAUGUGGUUCUACCAGAGAAGCCCAAACUGAAGUUCCUCAAUAAGGUCCCUGAAUUGAAAAAAGCCAAGAAAGAGAUGAAAAAGCUUCGUGAUAUUCAGGGGCCAGAAAAAACUGCCAAUACAUUUACAAGUGGACAGUAUGCCAUUGUGGCCAUGGGUGGAGGCUACUUGCACUGGGGACACAUGGAGAUGAUGAGACUCACCAUUAAUCGCCGCAUGGACCCACGCACCACCUUCGCCCUGUGGCGCAUCAGUGCCCCGUAUAAGCCUAUCACCCGCAAGGGCCUGGGCCAGCGUAUGGGCGGAGGCAAGGGAGCCAUCGACCACUACGUCACACCGGUGAAGUGCGGACGCUUAAUAGUAGAACUCGGAGGCUACAUCGAACUGGCCGAGGUGGAGCCAAUGCUUAAAGAAGUGGCGAAGAAGCUGCCCUUCCCGGCUAAGGUGGUGAGUAAGGAGAGUCUGGCUGCUAUGCAGCAAGAGCAGGCUGAGAUGGAGGCGAACAACCAGAACCCCUGGACCUUCGAGAGGAUAGUCAGAUCUAACAUGCUGGGCAUCCGCAAGGUCCUCAGCCCCUUUGACCUCCACAAUCACGGCCGCUACACUGGCAAGUUCUUCAACCCGGGCCGGGUCUGAGUCCACGCCAGCGUGUGACGGGUGGUCAUCACCACAACCGCUGAGGAAGUGCAUGGACUUUUCCUCAUGCUGCUUCACUGGGUCUAAGUGCUUAAUAUGGAUUUGAAGGUGCGAGACUCAUCAGACCCCAUUUUUUCAUCAAUAGCUGGAUGUUCUUUCAGAUAUGUUGAGGGUCAUUCAGCGUGCAGUACACCCCUAGUGUCAUGAAAAGGCCAUAUAAGAUUAUCAAUAUCUUUUCAUAGCUUUGGUCAAAGAGUGAGCUUCUGGGAAAAAUCUGGGAGGUGAUGAAAUGGCAAGCUGUAGUAUGUAAUUGUGUACACUUUAACGGUCACAUUAAAAAUUCUUUUGUCUGCUGAUGUCACUUAUGCAGAAAGGUUUCAGAAUCAUGAUACACACAACUCCCAAAUUCUGAAAGUAAAUUCUGAUUUGAAUUACCAAGUAAAAAGGAAGCCACUGUGGGACAAAGUUAAUAAAUGAGUAAAGUGUGAAGCUGUCUGUCUUUCCGAGGAAUAAAGCAGCAUGAAGGAAUUGCCACACUGAA